AUGCAAGCGGUGGCAUGCAGGAAGCACAGCGGCCAGCUCGGCAACGCCAUCGUCGCCAAGUCGACUGCUCUCGAGCCAAAGGCUGAGGCGGACGCCAAGUGCCUCGAGAUGGGGAUGGAACGCGACAGCACGGGCUAUCUCGUCGAUUGUUUCGUCGGCCAUCGCCGGCAAAUCGAUGCCAAGGGUGAGCUCGAUGAUGUGCGCGGGGACUGGGGUGGCCACAAAGGCCCGAGCCAGCGCGGCGUUGUCAAGCGUUAG